AACUCAAAAUGAAACUCAUCCUCGUCCUCGCAUUCGUGGUGGUGGUCGUCGCGCGACCAGAUGAUGACUUCAGCCGCUACGAGAACUAUGAUAUAAGUGAAUUGACUGGUAACGAUCGUCUAAUGGAUGCGUACGUAGAAUGUUUCCUUGGAAGUGGAAAGUGUACGCCUGAAGGGAACGACUUCAAAAAAUGGAUCCCUCAGUCCGUACAAGACAGCUGCAGCAAGUGCUCUGAAAAACAAAAAGGCCUCGUAGGUAAGGUGAUCACUGCUAUUCAGGAAAAAAUCCCUGCAAAGUGGGAGAAGCUCAACCACUUAUACAACCCUGACGGCAAACACGAUGCAAGCCUUAAAGAAUUCAUCCAGAAAUACGGACAUUAAUUUAUCUGCUACUUACAGUAUACACUGAUACUACAGCAUUUGCUAUUCUGAUUGCUUAAUCGAUUUUCGAAUGCAAUAUAAUACGUUUGUAAAAUAAAUAUAAUUUAUAAGCAAA